AUGUGCUCUUGGUUGCUUGCUUUUUGUCACCUCUAACACUGUUUUGUCACUGAUCUUUGAACAGGAAAAUGUCUGCAACGACGGCGCUUUUGGUCCUCGUGUGCCUGACCGCCACCACCCGCGCAGACCAUCACCAGCCAUGUCAUACACACAACAUGACUGGAUUAAUGAGUGUGAUGACCCUAAAGGGUGAAAUGAAAGCAUUCGGCGCCUUCACUUACGACUCAGUGGGCAGGAAACUGAGGUUCAAAUCCAACGAGAGCCACCCAACGAACGCAUCGCUUGAUUUGGAUCUGCUGAUGUUUUUCGAGGAGGGGAUUUUCUAUGAGAUUGACAGCAGAAACCAGAGCUGUGAGAAGAAAAAGCUUCAAAUGUCCUUGCAUCCUUUCGACAUUCCCGAUGACGCCAAGUUACACUCUACGGUGACCACUGGUAGCUCCUCCAUUGAGGGAGAGGGAAUGAAAGUCAGUAUCUGGACCGGACCGCUGACACCUAUGAAAGGUUCCUACUCCAUGUCUGUAACCAUGGGAUGUUUGCCUGUGACCACUUUCUAUUUCACUGAUACCACAUCGUUCCUUUUCAGCAACAUGGAUGUUGAACUCAAAGUCAAAGAUCCUGACGUCCUUGUGGUGCCCUCAUUUUGUCACGGAAAGCCUGUGGAAGACACCCCUGAGGGGACUGUAAACAGCUUCCUCAAUGAGUUCAUGUAGAUGAAACCUGCCAGUAAAAAAAAAAAAAGAAACUCACAUCAAACCAUGGCUUGCCAGAAUUUUUGGCUUUUCUUUCUUUUUCAUGCUUAACGACAGUUUUUCUUUUUACUCUCUGCCUUAUCCACCUUUUUUGUAACAUCUUUCACUCCCUUAAAAAGAACUUGUGCUGAACUGUUCACAUCCUAUAUAUGGAUUUUUGAUGUAACGGGAUAAGUUAUGGCAAGGAUUGCAGAAUUAGUAAGCAGCAUACUAACAAAUGGUGGCUUUUCAAGUUCAUACCACUCACAAAAUAUGUAAAAUAAGAUUAAUGGAACAAUAAAACGUCAAAGGUCUAAAAA